AUGCCUUGCUAUGGGUAUGCCCGCGACUUGGAGUCGAAUCAUGAGAGUAUCUCCAAGCAAUGUAAAUGGGCCAUUCUCUUACCAUGGUGUGCAAUCGGCUAUCUAUGCAUCCUCCUGGCUUUUCUAAACAUUGCGAGUGUUUCAAGCGGCUCGCUCAUUCCCUCUGAGCUCAUGUUUUACUUUCUUCGAAAUGACCAACCCCCAUUUUACGCUUUCUCCCAAGGUUCGGGGAAUUACGAGAAGCCAAAGGGCUUCAAGGUCGUUGCCUUGGUGCCAUUCAGUAGCCAUGAACGAACUGUCAUCCUAGACUGUUACUUACAGAGGAAUCUCGUUCACAAUCACGGCUUGCUCGAUGGGGUGGUUUUUCUUCCCCAGACACAGGAUGCAGCGAGUCUGGAAUGGCUAACAUCUAUAGUCGAGGAAACUCCCGCCUAUAGGAUAUCAGGCCCUGUUGAUGACCUGGUGGGGGAUAGCAUGGAUGAUGGUGCCAUGUACAUCCAGAUUGAUGGCGAUGUUGUCUUCUUGGAAGACAAUGCAAUCCCCACGAUAGUCAAAACAAAGCUUGACCAUCAAAAUUCAUUGUUUGUUUCAGCGAAUGUUGUCAACGAGGCUGCUCUUGUUGGUCUCCAUAGUCAUCCCGGUGUUACCCUUCCCUAUCUUCCGGAACUACAUCGUGUGCCACAAACAGCUGCGUCUCAUUUUCAAACCGGAAACGAUUGGCGCGCGUCGAAUCUUCCGCCAUGGGACGGCCCUGCCGACUUCAAGGUGCAGAAAUCGUUCUCCCCGCCUUUCGAGGGCCAUCGUUGGUUGCCUUCAAGUGACACAGAAGCCAACCAAGCUCCUAUCAGUGCGUCUGUGUAUACCAAGGAUGGUCCAGGAAUGUCACAUUGGACUGUCAGUGCUCAGCAACAUUACUCAUUCCUACAUCACCUGGAAUCGGGUGACCUGCGCCGUUACAAAUUCCCUAUGUGGGUUGAUCCAGUGGGGUCUGCCAGUCCGAACUUCAUGUGUUUCUGGGGCAUCGAUAAGAAUGAUGUACGGACAGCUAUCCAGAAUAAUAGUUCCAAGGGGCAUGAUUUGAGGGCAAUGCAGGAAACGAACCAAAAGACGCGACAUGUUAUAAUAGAUGGCAAAGGCCUGGUUUCUCGUUAUUCUACUAGUUCAGGUACGGGUGGGCUGGACUCUACUGAUCUCCUCCAGCGAUAUCAAGCAUAUGCUCAGGAAAUGGUCUGUUUGAAAACUUCCUAA